AUGGCAUCUGCGGAUGCACGACAAAGGAAUUUGGUGGGAAAUGGAGGCAAACUUGUUGCAGGGGUCGAGGAUGAUGGGACAUGGUAUGGGGCAACUCAAAGAGUAGGUGAGAACCUACACAGUGUAGGAAGCAUGCAGGAGGAUGAGGUACAAGUUGGGCGAGAAACACUUGAAAGAACAAUGGCCUUGAUCGUAACAGGCUUGAUAGAAGAGGCCUUAGAAAAGCCCAACAGAAACAACAUGCCCAUUAACCAGUCACAUGUAGGGAUAUAUGGCGAAGGGGAAAGGCCUACGCGGGAAUCAACUAGUCUCAACAGCCAGCUUAUAGUAAGUGAUCAAGUAGAAGGAGUUAUAAGUCCAAACCAAGGGAGUCGUAGAUGGAAACGUCAAGCAAGAGGACAAGGGUCAACUUCAGUGGAAGGAGGCUUGCGACCGGGAAUUAAGAGGCCAGUAGAGACUAAGGAGAUCGAGGAUGGAGAUGGGAGAGUGCUGUGCUCAAAAGAGGAGGUGGCAACCGGGUUCAGGCUUCACUUCAACCAGGUGUACCAAUCUGCUAACCCAACUGAAAGGGCCAUACAGCAGUGCCUGAAUGGUGUAAGACACAGGAUCUCUCGGUACAAGAGGGAACAAAUGGAUAGAGAAUUUACAUCAGAAGAGGUUGUGGCUACUUUUAAACAAAUGUCUCCAUUCAAAUCACCAGGGCCAGAUGGGUUCAGUGCAGGUUUUUUCCAAGAUCAUUGGGAUAUAGUUGGCUCUGAUGUGGUGCAGGCAGUACUAGACUUCUUCAGAACUGGUGAGAUGCCAACAGGGCUGAAUCAUACUCUCAUAGCUCUAAUUCCCAAGACAAGUGCCCCUAGAUCAGUAAAUGAAUACAGGCCUAUCAGUCUCUGCAAUGUGUGGUACAAACUAAUUUCUAAAGUUUUGGCAAAUAGGUUGAAACCAGUGCUGCAAGAUGUCAUAUCUUGGAAUCAGAGUGCAUUCCUAUCAGGCAGACUAAUCACUGAUAACAUAAUGGUUGCUUACGAGCUCUUGCAUACUAUGCAAGCUAGGCAAAAAGAAAGAGAAGGCAACAUGGCUAUCAAGUUGGAUAUGUCAAGGGCAUAUGAUAGAGUGGAGUGGGGUUUUCUGCAAACAAUGCUAUCUAAGUUAGGUUUCAGUGACAAGUGGAGGAAGCUGGUUAUGGCAUGUGUAAAAUCUGUUUUCUACUCAGUAGUAGUGAAUGGGACCCCUGGAGACAUCAUUUGGCCUACAAGAGGCUUAAGGCAAGGGGACCCUCUUUCCCCUUACCUUUUCCUUCUAUGUGUAGAAGGAUUGAGUACCCUUUUGAAGGAAGCUGAAGCAAGAGGGAAGGAAGUCAUGAUCAAAAGUGUCUUGCAAGCCAUACCAGCAUACACAAUGAGUGUAUUCAAGAUGCCAAGUAUGCUUCUCAAAGAAAUUGAAUCUAUGAUUGCCAAAUUCUGGUGGAACCACAGAAAGGAAGGCAGGGGCAUUCAUUGGAAAAGUUGGAACAAACUUGGAGCAGCAAAGGGUAAGGGGGGACUAGGAUUUCGAGACCUUAACUGUUUCAAUAGAGCUCUCUUAGCCAAGCAAGGGUGGAGAAUUUUACAAGAACCUACUUCACUGGUGGCUCAAGUAUUCAAAGAAAAAUAUUUCAAGUCAGGCAACCUGAUGGAGGCACGAGUUGGCUACUGUCCAUCUCAAAAUCUGGAGGAGCCUAAUGACAGUGAUGGAUCUGGUAAAGACUGGAUUCAAUCACCUAACAAGAUAUUGGACUGUAAUGCAAUUGUUAGUGAGCUUAUUGAUGGUGAAAGCAAAACCUGGAAACAAGAACUGGUGCAAGCAAUAUUCAGUCAAGAGGAAGCCAAGAGUAUCUGUAGUAUCCCUAUUAGUGUAAAAGGGAUGGGUAACAAAGUAAUUUGGGGACUGUCAGAGAAAGGGAUAUUUUCAAUAAAGAGUGCUUAUUAUGCAUAUUUGGAGACCAAGAAUCAAAAGAUAGGAGAAACAUCCAGUGGAGAUCAAAAUGAAAGGCUGUGGAGGAGGGUGUGGAGAUUAACAAACUCAGGUAAGGUAAAACAGUUUCUGUGGAAAGCUCUCAAUGGAAUAUUACCCACAAGGAGCAUUCUUUUCAAGAGAAGGAUUAUUGAUAAUUCAACAUGUCCUGUGUGCAAUAGAGAAGAAGAAACAGACAUACAUGUGCUUUGGGAUUGUCCUGCUUUAGUAGAUGUAUGGGGUGAGGAUUGCAAUCCAGUCAGAAAGUAG